CGACGUAUGUACGUUGUCCCGUCGAGCGCGUGCAGCCGUGCACUCGCACUCCACAUGUGCGGGUCCGCAGAGGUGCGUCGGCUCCUCGGCCGUGUGACGUCACGCGCCGCGUUUCUCGAACGGAUUACGUCAUCAGUGCGGAAAAUUCGCCGGCGCAGUUUUUGAGAGGUUAGGUUUGAUGUUCGGUAGUGCGGGAAGGCGGAAAAACCCGGUGAAUGCACAGCAGUAUGGUGGUGUAGUUUUUCGCACAUAUUAGUUCUGCCAAUCAUCAAGUGGAUUCCGGAAGUAUCAUUGUGGCUUUUAAAUAUAAAGUAGAACCUACGUUUUACACAGGAUACCUUCUACAUAUUUGGACCUAAAAGACAUUUUAAGAAGUCUCCAAAGUAAGACAUGUGGACACACAUUUUGAGUUUAGCAGUGAUUCUCAUUGUUGACAAAAGCUCUUGCGCCCGGAUUUUAUCAUUGAUGACAGUGCCGGCUCACAGCCAUGCAUACUGGGCCUCCAACCUAAUCGAAGCUCUAGCCUCAAGGGGACACCAGAUCGUGGCUUUGACGCCAGAAUCGAAGACCUCAUCGCACCCGAACGUGACGUCAGUAUACUUGGAGGGAGGUUACGAUGAGAAAGUUCUCUUCGAGCAGGACUUGGACAGCAUCCCCCCCAUCGAGGAGCCGACCGCCAUGAUGGAUUUCCUCUUCAACUGGCUGGCCGACAUGUGCCGAACUCUACUUCUAUCCCCGGGCAACAAGCGGUUCAUGACGGACUACGCGGACAGUCAUUUCGAUCUGAUCCUGACGGAUUCGACGGGGAACGAGUGCUUCCUGAAAUACGUGCACCUCUUCGGGUACCCGCCGGUCGUCUCCGUUGUGCCCUACGGCUCCCCGCAGUGGGUCAACGAGCUCGUCGGCAACUUCGCCAACCCCGCCUACGUCCCCAACCAAUUCACCAGCUUCACCGACCGCAUGACCUUCGCAGAGAGACUCACCAACCUCUACGUCAACGUCUACUGCUCGCUCUUUCGAUAUUUUCGAUAUCUACCUCGAAAUGAAGCGAUAGCGCAGGAAUUCUUCGGUUUCUCAGAGCCGAGCGUUGCUCAACUGGAGAAACAUGUGAGCCUGGCCCUGGUGAACUCGCAUUUCAGUUUGCGCUACUCAGAGUCCAUCCCACCCGGACUGGUGCCUGUUGCUGGAAUGCACAUAUCACCGGCCAAGCCACUCCCUAAAGACCUGAAAAAUUUCAUAGAAGGAGCAGAGCACGGGGUGGUGUAUUUCAGCCUCGGAUCUAAUUUGAAGAGCGACAAGAUGUCGAAAGAGAAGCAAAAGGCUUUCAUGGACGCUUUCGCGCGGCUGCCCCAGCGGGUUCUGUGGAAGUUCGAGGCGGAUAGUCUUCCCGAGCUACCGGAAAACGUCAUGAUAAGCAAGUGGAUUCCGCAGAACGAUGUUCUAGCGCACCCCAAUGUGGUUUUGUUCAUGACACAUUGUGGACUUUUGAGUGUGCAAGAGUCCAUCUACCACGGAGUCCCCGUGAUUGGUAUCCCGUUGAUGAUCGACCAAUACAUCAAUGCAAAUCAAAUUGUCCAGAAAAACCUCGGGCUGCAAAUCAAGUACUCGGAUAUUAAAAAUGCUGACCAGAUCUACCAACUCAUCCACACUGUUACCUCCGACUCAGGCUUCAAGGAGAGAAUGGACAUUACCUCGGAGAAUUUCCGAGAUCAACCGAUCAAGCCUCUGGAUAGAGCUGUCUAUUGGGUAGAAUAUGUUUUACGGCACAAAUCACUAGAUCAUUUGCAUCCCGGCAACUUACAGCUGAGUUGGUACCAGCUGAAUUUAAUCGAUGUCAUGGUUUUUCUAGUAAUCUCUGUCAUAAUUACACUUACAUUAAUAAAUCAACUCGUAAAAAGGCUAGUGAAAUCCACAGGGAAACGAAAAUUACGAGCUCCAAUCAAACGUCGUCUAUCUUGAGAAUUCGUUAAAAUUAUCCAACGAGAAUCUACCUUGGUGACUGCAAAAUCCAGGAACAGCAAUGGAUGAGACAAAAUGUGACUCACUGACGGUGAAAAUUUUGUACCGACAGAAAAUUUCAAGAAGUUGUUAACACCAAAAAAACCCUAUGUGAAGUCUAUAAUUAAGCUUUUACACCAUUACUAAAGUGGUAAAAUGUACAAUUUAAAGAUUUAUACUUUCACACAAUACUACUGAGCAAUAGUUUCAUAUGACACAAGACACAUCCUAAUGCCUCUAUCAAUUUUGUGAUCUUGCCAAUUUGUAAAGACUGUAGAAAUAUUGUUAAGUUUGAAAAUAAAGUUGUUUGAAAAUAA